AUGCGGCGAGAGCUGUUUAUCCAGAUUGUUCACGCGUUGGAGGCGUGCGACGAGUACUUCCAGCAGCGGGAAGAUGCGGCCCACAGAAAGGGUCCAUCCCCGCUGACGAAGUGCACGGUUGCACUUCGUCAGUUGGCAUACGGCUCUACGGCGGACAUGUUCGACGAGUAUCUUCACGUCGGGGAUACAACUGUCCGGGAGUAUCUGGUAAGUUUUUGUGCGGGCGUUAUUGACGCCUUCAACGCCACAUAUUUGCGCAAGCCGAAUGCCCAAGACUGCCAGGACCUGCUGCGGAUGCACGAUACGGUGCACGGCUUUCCUGGAAUGUUAGGGAGUAUUGAUUGUAUGCACUGGGAGUGGAAGAAUUGUCUUGCAGCGUGGAGUGACCAAUUCACCAGUGAGUAUAAGGGUACCCACCCAACGAUGAUCCUUGAAGCAAUCGUUGACCACAGUAUUUGGAUUUGGCAUGCUCACUUUGGCGUGGCGGGGUCCAACAACGACAUGAAUGUGUUGAACUCGUCCAGUCUCUUCACUGAGCAAUGCAAUGGCAACGGUCCGGUUAUCAACUUCAAUGCCAACGGACGACAACAUCAUGUGGGGUACUACUUAGCCGACGGUAUUUACUCGAGAUGGCCAGUUUUCUUGAAGACUAUCUCCUGCCCAACGGGUGCGAGGAGAGAGUUUGUUGCGGCAAAGCAGGAGGCUGCACGGAAGGACGUGGAGCGAGGAUUCGGUGUGCUUCAAGCGCGUUGGGGAAUAGUGAAAGGCCCGACUCGUUCCUGGUACAUGCAUCAUAUCGCCAAUGUCAUGUACGCGUGCAUCAUCUUGCACAACAUGAUUAUUCACGAUAAAGGUCGUGCAGCUAGUCAGUGGUCCGAUGAUGAAGCCGCUCCGAGCGCAUGUCAUGCAGCCCCGCCGGUCGUUCGAGGUUUACCCUAUGGAAUCAGCGGGAGAUUGCAAGAUCAGGAGAGCAUGCGCAACCAACAAGCUCAUCUUGAUCUCAUGAACGACAUGAUUGAAGAAGUUUGGACGCGUAGUGGUCGUUGA